GUAGGUGUUAUUUAUUGGUGUGCGGUGUGGUAAGGCGAAAGAAAAGAAAUAGCGAAAAAAGCAUGAGCUGCAACGGUUGCCGCGUCCUCCGGAAAAGGUGCAGCGAGAGAUGCAGCCUCAGAUCCUCCCUACAGUGGAUCCAUUCCCCCCAGGCCCAAGCCCAUGCAACUCUCUUCCUCGCUAAGUUCUUCGGUCGUACCGAUCUCAUGUUUUUCAUUUCCUCCGUUCCCCAACAAAACAGACCUGCGCUUUUUCAAUCUCUACUAUUCGAAGCCUGCGGACGGAUCAUUAAUCCCGUCAACGGUGCCGUCGGACUGCUCUGCACCGGUAACUGGCACAUGUGCCAGGCCGCCGUAGACACCGUCCUCGCCGGAGGCCUUCUCCGUCCUCUGCCGGAGGUUGCGCCGCCCGCUUUCGAUGAAUCCUCCGACGCUAUGUUCUCUCAGUUUCAGGCGGUGGCGUCCGAUUCUUUCAAGAGGACCAGCACUGCGGAUACGUCUUUGGUUUCCGAAGAAUCGCAGAUGGCGAACUACAAUCACAAAAAGCUUUUGAAUCUGUUUGUCUAGUUUACUCAAUACUGCGCCUUAUAUUAUAAUAAUAAUUAUUAUUAUUCUAGAAUCUAGAAUAUAAUAUCGUGAGGUUGGAUCCGCAUGCAGCGCAGGGAGAUGGAGGAGUUGGAGGAGGUGGAAUAACGCUAUGACUAUGAGAAUGCUUUUCCAAAUUCUAGCUCCCAGAGUGAGUUGAGUUUCUGGUCAAUUUUUGACGCAAUUUUAAUGUUUCUAUUAUCAAAUAAUCACUUCAAACAUUUUCUCUUC